UCCUACCGGCUCAUGACUCAAGAUAUCAUGCGGCUCCCAGAUGCAGCCGCCCAGCGACGAUCUAGAUAGGAGCUGGAGCGAGGCGGAAAUGCCAAGACCAACAGUGUGAAUGCUCCGGCGAUGGAGCCGCGACGAAGAGACUUCUGGUCCAUUGCCGGGAACUAUAUGCACACGAGACCCCUCCGAUGGCGAGUACCGAUCAUGAGGGUAGGUAUUUAGUCGCAGGGAGGUGACAAUGGAAAGGCCAGUUCGGCAUGACGCUCGGAAUCUGAAUCCUACGCCAAGACGGCCCCGCCACGAACAAAGCCACGGCCACCCGGCAUCGUCAUCGUCGCUGUUACGCCUCCAUCACUCUUCAACAACACUCUUCUUGACUUCUACAUCUCUUUUGGCUUCAAUGCUGCGCACUGGUGCUGCAGCUCCCCGCGAUGGUGGUCAUAGUUGACCUGGACGACGACGCGCCGCCCGCGCAUAGCCCGCACGCGUCGGGAAAGCCGCUGCACCACUCUCUCGCCGCCGUAGACUUGACGAGCGAGCAGGAGGCGGACAGCCGGCCCAAUCCCAACAUCAAUGGAUUUUCAGCCGCCCUGAGCUGUUAUCCUAUUGUGAGCCAGCUUGCCAGCCAGCUCGACCUGAACACGCUGCACAGUCUCUCGCGCACGUGCAGGCAGUUCCGCGCGAAUCUGCUCCAGUACAGAGACCAGCUCAUCAGGCACACGCUGCAUUGCGAGUUCGAGCAUGCGGACCUGGGGGCGCGUCUCGGCUCGCGGCUCAGGGAGGCGGCUACCAACUUUCAGGGCUCGCGUCAAUUGACGAGCGGAAGGGUGGGCAAGUGUGCGCGGGACAUGGUAGCCGAGUGCCAGCGCUGCGGCACUGUGGUAUGCCGGAACUGCACCAUCAAACCGCCGCCUAUGCCGUCCCUGCGAGCCCGCCACCGCCGACUCUGUCGCACCUGCUCCAAGGCUCCUCUGCAGCUCCUGACAGCCUCCAAGCGGCCCCGAUCGGCUUCGAGCACAACGCCGUCGCCCCCAGCUUCUCCGAAUACGCGUCCAGCCCUGUUCGACGACGACAAGCCCCCAGCUUUCACAGCUCUGGCCUUUGAGAGGACGCCAUGUAUAUGCGAUACUGUAGUCUGGCUUUGCCAGCCAUGCGGCCAACAACUGAAGACUGCGGACACGAUGUACAUCCGGGCCUGGACAUGGCGGACCCGGUACAGCCACUACCUCGGUGGCGUCGGUACCGGCGCCGGCGAGGGAAACGAGGGAGUAGAAUGUGGACGAGGACCGAGCUGUCUGGCAGCCAAGAUUGUCGAGCAUGAGAUCGAUUGUGACGCCGAGACACUAGCCAGCAUUGAAGGCACAGAUCGCUGGAGAGGCACAAGCUAUCACGCCCAAGAGAUCGAGGGUGUCGGCGGAGUCUUCAAGAUGAAAGUCAAGAAGCAGGUUCGCGUCGGCGAGACCGUAAAGAUCUACGUGGACGAGAGGAACAGGUCGAUCCAGUAUUUGGAGCGCGAAGUAGGCGGUAAGCUGAGGAGCUGGUGUUCUUGGUGCGAGAGGGUGGUCCCUGGGGAGAAGGACAAGGCUUUCGCUGCUGGCGAGAGGCCACCGUCGAGCGGAUCGAGUUCAGCUUCAUCCACGAAGUGACCAAGUGCGCUUCACUUCAGCUACAUAUUAGGGUGUACAUAGAGGCGCAGGUAUUUGUCGCUUGCGACUAUGCAUCAGCGAUGGCGCCCAAUUGAUUUGGGAAUAGUAGUAGGUACACAAG